AGUUAGCAUAGAACAGCUGAUGUUUAUACAAGGUGGGUCGAGAUCCGAGCUGAAUCCUGGGAUCACGGAGUACCUGAUUUGAACCUUUGGCAUGGGCCAACAAAGCUCCCAUCAGGAAGAGCCACUUCCAAAAUAUACCUCCUUAAGUGACAAUGUAUAUAUUACAGUUUUAGAUCAACUUCCAGAUGAGGUGCUACUUUUGAUCCUCAGCUAUGUACCAGCAAGGGACUUGGACUACUGUAGGUGUGUGAGCCGUCGUUGGAAGUGCCUUGUUGACUCUCCCACAAUUUGGAGAAUAAAAUGCCAGCGGCUGAACAGAGGGGAUGUGCUUCACGUGGCUGAUAUGUGUCAAAACACUCCCUGGAAGAGACUUUAUAUGGCGAAACCCUUCUCCAGGAACUUGGUGCUCAAUCCUUGUGGUUCAGGUGGGCCUUAUGUCAACUGUGCUGUCAUGGGACGUAAUGGAAGAAUAUUUUGUGGAAAAGACAUAAGCACUACUAAACUAUUGCAGUAUUGGGACAUCAAAAAUGGAGGAGAUGGCUGGGCAGUAGAAAGAAGCCGCACUGAGUUAGAAGAUGCAGAGAGCCAGACUUGCUUUGUCACCUCCUUUGGGUGGUGUGAGAAACAACAGAUAAUAGAUUUGGUUAAAGAAGGGUUAUGGGAACACUUUCUGGAUGUUCACCAACCACCCAUCUGCAUCUCAGAUUGGUAUGGUGGACGAAAUGACUGUGGCUGUUUGUAUAGUCUGAAGGUCCAACUGCUGGCUGUUGAUAAGAUAGCUGUGAUCCAAGAGUUCGCCAUAAGACCAGAUCCUAUUCCACAGUGGAAUGAUGAAAAAUACACUCAGGUUUCUCAUGAGUUUCGUAGGUAUGGACCGGGGGUACGCUAUGUGAAGUUUAUGCACAAAGGAAAGGAUUCGCAGUACUGGAAGGGACGGUACGGCGCCCGAAUCACCAACUCAUCAGUAACAAUAAAGUAUGAUAACAUUGAACCGUGCUGCUCAUAAACAUGCCACUCUUACUGGCUUCAGACUGACAUUACCCGUGGUCCUCCAUCUACUAGGACACUGAACAGUGAUGGUGUGUAAAGUACAUGCAAAGGGAACAACCUGGCUUUAUCCUAAUAAGUCUCUUCAGUGAAUGAUGAUAUCCGAUAGGCCGUUGUGGGUUUCUGCACUUUUUUUAUACUUGGUAACCCCCGAGAUCGCUUAAAAUUUAUAUAGCUAUUUUUACUUGGGGGUGUGUCCUUUUUCUAUUAUUAACCACUUGACCACUGGGCACUUAAACCCCCUUAAUAAC